CCCUUUGCGUGUUUGCUCUCUUCGCAGAGCUCGCCACUAUGAACUCAAGUCAGUGAAAGGUUUCUAUAGGCUUUGGAAUACAAACUCCAGGGUCGAGAGUGCGCGGGGCUAUGAUAUCAUUUUGGCUGAUAUUUGUAAGGAUAUCGGUCAAUGAAGGUCAUGAAAGGCUAGUUUGCGAGUAUUGGAAGCACGUAUAUAAUGAGGCGCCGAAAGAAGAGCUGUGCGUAUAUAUACGAUUUUUCACUGCCAUCAUACCAUUACCAGGCAAUUGGAUUUGGUGAUUAUUAUAUUUAUUCAUAUCCUGUGUUCAACUGUGCAGGUUCUGCCUUGCUUUACUGAUUGCCCAUAUCGCAUGUGUUCUGGAUGAGUGCAAAAAAUGAACGGAAUAUACCUGCAUUGAGGAAAGACUCACUUCCCUGCCUGAAUAUUAUGAUAGGAUCAGGAGCUUCGAUCUGUGCAGCCUACCCCACGGUAUUCAAGGUAUUCACUGCAGAAUAUAUCGUUUUAAAACAACUAGAGGAGGAAUGCCGUACUCAAAAAUAUAAACUGUAUUCCUGAUAACUCUGAUGCUGUACUUGUUUAUUACAAACCCACACUGUUCGAAGCAGCUCCCCAACUGAAUGCGUAAACUAGUAUUUUAAGGCUCUGUGUUAUGAUGACGAGGCUGAUCGGUUGUACACGUCUUUCUCGGAUAACCAUUGUCAUCGUAAUGUUUGCGCUGAUUUCGUCGAUUUUGUUCACAAUCAACCUGUACCAUAAACGAGAUGUGGGCUUAUUCCGAGAAAACCACAACUUUGUGUCACGUGACCAAUGUCCAUGUGUCUCUGGAUCAAGAAUAGACCCUAUUCAAGCUGUUUAUAAUGAUACCAAUUUGGCUUAUAACAGCCUUGACAAGUCACAGAGAUUGACCAUUGUAAAGCCAUGUGGAUCUCGUUACGGAAAAGCUGUUUUAGGUGACGACAUAACUGUAGUCUACAACCGAGUACCGAAGUGUGGUAGUCGUAUGUUGAUCCACUGUGUUAGAUCUUUAAAGAACCACAUCCACGGUCCACUUUCAAUGAUACCACAGAAAUACAAGGAUGAGUUGCCUCUCCUGACACGCUCGGUAGAUGGGGUCAAGUCACGUAAAAGGGCGUUCCUUGAAGGUCACGUCAGAUUCAACAAUUUUCAAGAUGAGAAUGUGUACUUCUUCAACAUGGUGCGAGAUCCGUUGGAUCGUUUAGUCUCCAGCUUUUACUUCAACAGACAUGGAGAUGGAUUGCUUAGUCCUAAACAACUCGAAGAACUCAGGAAAAACACACAUCCAGAAGUCAUUGAUGAGACCUUUGAUGAAUGCGUUCACCAUGAGAGGUUGUCAUGUACGGGGCCUAAGAUGCUCGGUUACAUGAUGGGAUUCUUCUGUGGUUAUCAUCCAAUGUGCAGGAAACCUACUCAAUGGACAUUGGAAGAGGCAAAACGGAACCUCGAUUACUACACGGUGGUGGGCAUCGUGGAACAGUAUAACUCAUCGAUGAGAGCGUUGGAGUUUCUUUUCCCAUCGAUGUUUUCUGGUUUGGUGAAGAAAUACUACUCACAUCAGGGAACGGAUUACCAGGCAAAGAGUCACGCUUACCGGUAUGUACCUCCCUCCCCUGAGGUCAGGAAGCUGAUGAAGGAAAAGAUGAGACUGGAAUAUGAGUUCUACGAGUACGCUAAAUUAAGAUUUGAUAUGCUCCUUGACGAGUUACAUCUAAAAGACAGUGAUGUUAGAUGACAAUAGUUUUCGUGUAAACUGACUCAAUUGGUGGAAUAUUAGAUGAAUUUGUUGACAGAAGUGCAAUAAACUUAAAUCGCGGCAUUGCAUAGAUUUUUUUCCUUAAAGUUCUUAGCUCUUGUUACACAAAACAAGGUUUUGUUUAAUCGGGUGCAUGCCCUUGAAGAUUGCUAGAUCCGAAAUGUGGUAGUGCCAAUUCUAUCGGAGAAAAUAUAUGAUCUAAAAGAAGAACUGGCGUAAUAGAGGAUCUUGUUAUCAUUCAGUAAAAGACUUGGUAUAUGAGAUCAACAUGACCAAUGACAAUAUUUACCAUUUACAUAUCAUCCCUUUAUUCAUUUUUCGGCACUUUAAAACACUUAACUUACAAAUUAUAUAUCAUUCUCGAUAGGACCAAUAUGCAGAGAUUACUAAACACAUGUAAUUUUAUAACAUUUCACUCUGUGCGUAGUACUGCCCAGUGCAUAUAGUACCGGCCAGUGAAGAAUAGAACAAACCUUUACAAUGUAACGGUAAUGCCCAGCCCCAACCAAUGCACUGGGAAGACCGGUAAAAAAUAAUCAUAUACCGGUAGACAAAUUGGAUGAUGUUGAAAUGAUACAGAUAAAUAACGUAAAAUAAACCCCCUUCAUAUGGAAACGAAAAUCUCAUUAAUAUUUUAGAAAAACAAAAUCUAAAACUAAAUUUAAUAUGAAAUAUAAAAUCAUUAAAUGGUAAUAGUGUUCACACCUUAAGAGCAUUGAAUUAAUAAUAGGAGUUGAAUUGCAAUUGAAAUCAUAGAAUCAUAAUAUAUUUGUUCUGAUAUUUAAUAUCUUAACUAAAUUGGAUUAUUUAACUGGGUACAUGGUUGGAUAUACUAUGAGAGUAAAUAACGAUAGCAACGUAUACGAUUACG